GAUCUCUGGUAGCUGGCUCUUUGUGUCUCUUCCAUGCCUCUGUGGGUUAUUCUCCCUGGCGAGGCGGUAGGAUCACAUUUCACAUCCGCGACACUGUUGAGAGGCUGGGCUGGAGGAUUCUCGCUUUCCGCUGCCAGCAACACACAUCCUCUGCUCGCUAUGUAACAAAAAUGGCUGAGAGCACAGAUUGGGUGGAGAUAAUUGAGCCUCGCACUCGGGAACACAUGUAUGUGAACCUGGUGACUGGUGAGUGUGGUUGGGAUCCACCACAGCGCGUACAUGUCCGCCAGUCGAGUGAGAACCAGUGGUGGGAGCUGUUUGACCAGAACAACAACAGGUUCUAUUACUACAAUGCUCUCACGAAACAGACCGUCUGGCACCGGCCGCAGAACUGUGACGUUGUCCCCCUGGCACGGCUCCAGGCCAUGAAGAGGAAUUCCCAGUCGGAGAGCUGGGGCCAGCAGCCUGGCGACAGUGUACGCUCCCGGAAGAAUUCUAGCGGUGAGGUUUGCACUUUCCCCGCCCAGCUGCCGGGGAUCCAGGACAUGGAGAAUGUGAAUGAAGCUGUCAGGGGGAUGCAGAAUUCAGCAAGUCGCAAAGAAUGUGCAAGGUCCAGCUCUCCAUGGCAGCCCGCCCCAGGUACCAAGGCAGCAAUGCUGGUGAAGGUCGAUAGUGGGACAAGCUCGGUCCCCACCCAAGCCUUGGCGGCUCAGCAGCAGAACUCCCUUCCGGUCACCAACCAGAAAGCCAACCAGUCGACCAAGGCCUCAGGUCAGGCCCGCAAGCCAGGCUGUGUCCCGCUGGGCAGUAAAAUGGCAGCGUGUCCUCUUGAGUCCAAACCCUCGCUGCAUUUGAAAAAGACAGAGAACGGGGGCUUCUGCCUUGUCUUGACCAGCGGCCCUCCAUGCCAGGCUUCCCAAAAGGUUCAGCCGGGCCCAGCGCAGCCUUUGUCCCCAAAGUGUGGCUCCUCGGCCCCCAUUUACGAUGAGCCGCCCGUCGAGUCACCAAUCUAUGAUGAGCCACCCAUGGAAGUGGACCCAGGGAGCGCGCCGAGGGCCGGAGCAGGCCAGGCCUCUGAGAAAGAGACUCAGGUGACCAGGCUGCUUCAGGGCCCCGGCUACCAGCAACAGCUGGUAACCAAGCACGCCAGGAAGCCAUCCAAUACGGAGUACAGCCCAGUGGGGAGGGAGUACAUCAAGCAGAUGGUGAACAUCGAUCCAUCCUCCAAGCAGCCAGCUCCUUCCGACGGUAACAAUGCCGGCAGACUUACUGCUGUGGGCCCCUCACCACCCAAGGAUGACAGCAGGCAGCCGUGGAAGGUCCUGGACGCAAACUCGUUGAAGGGCAGCGAGUUGCACAGUCGCCAAAGCAGCGUACAGUCGCAAGAGUAUCCCACCUCCGUCGUCAGCCACCAGGACUCAGGCUAUUCCACAGGCCCGUCGCCCAGCCUCAGGAGGAGGAAGGGGAGGAAGACGAUGGCGAGCCAGGCCAGACCGGGCUCUCUGGGCAGCAGCAGCGAGCUGAACGUUUUGAAUGAGAAGCUGAUGGCGGAGAUGCGGGCAGUGGUCAGUCGGACGGCUGCCGUCAGGGGCAGCCAGGCAAGCCUGAACGCAGACGUGGCUGAAAGCUGUAUCUUGGCUGACAUUCACAAGAUCCGGCUGCAGUCUGAGGGCCGUCACUUCGGGCAGUAUGCUAACCGGGGCUCGAAGGAGGACAUUGUGGCCAGCAGCAGGUCGUUGCACAAGUUGGGUGCGGAUAUGCGAGCCUCGGUCGACAGCGAGUUAUCCACGCGGCAGGAAGUUGUCCGUCAGAAAAGGACCUUUGAAAAGGUGGAUUUUUCCAACCAUUCGUUGGAAAGAAGCCUAACGAGCCAGACUAGCCUGUCUCUACCGAGCCCCGUUCGGAACCAACCACAGCCUCAGAACAUGGGCAGCAGCCCUCAGCUUGACCCAGGAGGGCAGACCUGCAACGUGGGCUACCAUUUUCCUUACACCACACUCCGCAAGCCCCUGCCAGAGAAGAGCAUGGAAGACUGGGCAGCCAAACACCUCAACAUGCACACUCGGGGCAUCUUCAGACGCAGGUUGUCCAUCGCCAACAUGCUCUCCUGGGUCGGAGGCUCCAUCAAGAAGCCAAUGCUGGUCACCAACGACCGCACCAUCAAGAAAGACGCCUGUGAACUCUUCAAGCUGGUGCAGAUGUACAUGGGCGACCGGCAAACCCGAAUGGAGAGGGUCCCCAUCGCCCUCGUGAUUGUUACCAAGUGCUGGACGACACAGGGGAUCCGCGAUGAGCUUUACAUCCAGCUGUGCAGGCAGACCACGGACAAUCUGUGCUACCAAAGCCUGGCGUACGGCUGGGAGCUCAUGGCGGUCUGCUUAGCUUUCUUUUCUCCAUCGCCCAAGUUCCAGUCUUACCUGGAAGGAUACAUCUAUCGGCACACUGACCCUGCUCAUGACGUGAAAAUAACCCAGCGCAUCAAGGAGCUGGUGGAGAUGAAAAACAAGAGGUUUUCAAAAUCGAGGAAGAAGAGAAAGCAAAACAUUGAGGAGGAGGAAGAGCUCCUCAUCAGCACAUAUGCCAAGUACUGCUACCGCAAGCUGCAGAAGGUUGCUGUGACUGGAGGAAAGAAGGGACUCAGAAAACCAACCAUUGAGGAGAUCCAUCAUGCGAAGAAUGCCAUCCUGACCCCCUCCAUGUUUGGCAGCUCUUUAGAAGAGAUCAUGGAAAGGCAACGCGAACGCUACCCAAAGAGGAAACUGCCCUGGGUUCAAACCCAGCUCUCCAAUAAAGUACUGGCACUGGGAGGGGCACAGGUUGAAGGCAUCUUCAGAGUGCCUGGGGACAUCGAUGAGGUGAAUGCCCUCAAACUGCAGGUUGACCAGUGGAGGAUUCCAGAGAACCCUGCUGACCCCCAUAUACCAGCCUCGCUGCUGAAGUUGUGGUACCGAGAGCUGGAGGAACCCCUGAUCCCUCAGAAGUUUUACCUGCAGUGCGUGAACAACUACGAGAAUCCCGAAGCUGCUGUUGCCGUCGUUGCUUCUCUGCCUGAAAUAAACCGCCUUGUCCUUGGUUACCUCAUCCACUUCUUACAGAUUUUUGCACAGCCAGUCAACGUGAGCAAAACCAAGAUGGAUGUCAACAACCUCGCCAUGGUGAUGGCUCCAAACUGCCUGCGCUGCCAGUCUGACGAUCCUCGGAUUAUUUUUGAGAAUACGCGGAAGGAGAUGUCCUUCAUCCGCCUGCUGAUCGUGCACCUGGACACCAGCUUCAUCAAAGAUGACCUGUGAGAGGUCAGAGAUUCUGACAGUGGCCUGGCUGGCAGGCUCAAGUUGGCCUCUUCCCGUAUUCCCUUUGAUGGCGUGGUGCGCGUAUUUGUACUCGGUUCUGCCUGCUUUUCAGUGGCUGGACAAUCAAACGUCGACAAAAAAAGAGUAAUUGCCUCAAGCCAGUACCUGGAACAACCAUGGAGCAGCUCCAUCUGUUUGUGCUAUUGAAUCCAAGUUGUGUUUCCUUGUGUCAAUGGUGCAGACCAAAAGCAAGGGAGACCCUGGGCCUUACUGUGUCUGAGAUGUUAUGCAUGAAGUUUGUUUUCUAAAAACCUUUCGCCAUUAACGAUAACUCCAGUCUAUUAGUUUGCGCAUGUGCGCAUGCGUGUGUGUGUGUGUGUGUGAGUGAGAUUCUCUUUUGCACUGGUCAGAGUUAAGAAGGUGCCUCGUGACGGAGAUAAUCAAGCCAUUAGUUGGAUUGGGUUAUCAUGAUCCUUGUCCCCAUCCUGCAUUAAUAAGCAGCUACUGCAAUAUUCCACAGCAUUCUAAUGCAGCAACAAAAAGAGAGAGGCAAAAUGACAUUGAAGCUUUUGGAAGAGGAAGCAGUUUGGGAGCUUUUCUGUCUAGCCUAUCUGAAUUGUUGUAAGACUGAGCAUCGAAAACAGUGAGGGGAUCCAGGAAUGGCGUUGUACAUGUGACCUUUUUAUUUUGUUUUCUUUUGUAAGAAAGAAACCCCACACUCUAAAUAGACAUUAACAAAAGAGAGACAUUUGCUAGUUUUGGUUUUCAAAAAAAAACCUCUUUCCAGUGCCCCGAACAACACUGAGCUAUCACUCUGAUGGCUCGCUGUGCCUUCACAGGAGGGAGACUUCACAACAUGAUUGUAAAACUCCAGGUGAUGUUUCAAAUGCCUUGGUCACUGAUAUAAUUGAAUUGAUUGAAUAUUUCGGUUAAUGUUGUUUUAGGAUUUUGUUUGUAAGUUUGUCCAUGGGAUGUGGGUAUAGCUGGUGAGGACAGCAUUUAUUGCUGCCCUGGAGAAGGUAGUGGUGAGCUGCCUCCUCAAAUGGCUGCAGUCCUUGGGGUGUAAGUAAUGGAAGGAUGACCUGUGUCCUCCCGAUCUUCACCACGAAAGAGUGCAUUUUCAGUGGUAUGUGGCGGACAGCAACUUUACUGCGUGCAGAUACAUGUCAGAGUUGCAUUCCGGAUUUGUUUUUGAACUGAGUCCAUUUCCCAGCUUGGCCCAGUCCCACUCCAUAAGUGGAGUGCGCACUCGGUUUCAGCUGGUGGGCAAUCCCCACAUAAUCGUCCAUACCCUCGAAAUUCAGGGAUUUGCCACUUUUCACAAUUAACUGCAGAACUAGUCUUCAGUUCACAGAGGUGCUCACACAAGGUUCUGAAACCAAAAAGUGCCGUCUGUAUGAAAUACCCUCUGCUAAGACAAUCAGGGGCCUAAUAAUGCAGUACCAAGUGAAUCAUAUUAGAGUUUCUAAAAGCCUACCUUGUAUUUAUGUGAGAAGUAUCUGUGAAGUGAUGUGUGUGUUUGUCUUUAAGGCUAAUUAUUUCACUUUGUGAUUUUUCUCUGGUAGACUCGGUGGGGUCUUGCUGGAAACAGAAGAGCCAUUUGUGUCUCUUCUUGCCAGGAUAUAGGUUAUUUUAUCCUUUUUUAUAAUCAUCAGACCCAUAACCCACAGCAGUUUUCAACAGCGCGAUUGCCAUUUCAAGAGUCUAAAUUUACAAUAAAAUAGGCAUCCUAGGAGAUCGCAAAAAUCUCAUUUAAAGCUUGCACAGCCCCAUCAUGACAUUCAAAUUGGAUUUAGUAAUUAAUGGGAACAAAGGCCCCGUAAAUCUGGACAUUUGCUUCAUGUUAACUCUCAGCUAACAGCAUCUGACUUUCGGCAUAUUUUUAAAUUUAGUAAUUGCUACUUGAAACUGACUUAAUUUACAUUUUACUAACUGGAUAUCUUAAUUUUGCAAUUAAUGAGCACAAACCAUUAUUAAAUAGAUUAAAUGGGAUGAGGCUGUUUUGAUCCAUUGAUUUUUGUGUAUAAUGUAAUAAGGAAUGUUAUUAUUUUUACUAUAUGGUUGACUUUGAGAGGGCCAGAUGGAGAGGAGGGUGAAAUCCACUCUCCUGUACGUUCAUUAUAAUCAUUCAUUCCUCAUUCUAUCCACACCCUGGGUUGAGUGGGUCAAGUGAUCCAGUUUGUAGUCAGUACCCCAGGUCUUGAGGAGCUGUGAAUGGUUCUGAGAUGGGGUUGUGCCAAUUUAGUGGCUGUUCACUGUCCUGCCUUUUCCCUACAGCUUCUGUACUACUCAGGCUACACAGCAGAAUUAUACCCCCGAUGCUGGACUUCCCCAAGCAAGACUUGAAAGCAAAACAUGGGUUUUCGAUGAGCUUAUAUUGAGGACUGGUAAUUUCUCUCAUUUGAAAUUGAAUUUGGGUGGCACACAGCACCUACCUGAUGUAAACUGGCUGUGAUCAGCCUUUCAGAGUGAGAAAACCUGUUUAGCUCCAAGUUCUUGGAAAGGCCUAGCCAAAUCCAACAGCCUUGACUCAUAGUUGAGUGUUAUUUUUCUGCUGUAGAACGAGGCCAGUUUUAUCUAACUGUGGUUUCCUGUGUUCUUGAUUGUGGCUCAUCACAUGGCAGCUGUCCAAUUUUAUUUUCUAAAGAAAUUAUUUUUUAGAAUGUGAUUUAAUGCUGAGUUACAAAUGUCUGUCUUGCGCCUAAGCCAUGUGUCAAUGAGGGCCUGUUCUCUGAAAUUAUGUUGCGAGUUUAGAGAUCACUUUUUAGUUCCAACUCCGAGGUGUUGCUUUCAGAUUUGGAAGAUUGAAAAAUGAUUGAGAAUUGUAUACUUGGACCUGAACAGACAGGUUCCGAUAUUCCACUCAAGCAGUUCCUUUCUGUUGUAAGUUGAAGCUGAGUGAUAGCAGUAUGUUUAUUGUUACUUACUGGGGCCUAGUCUGUCAGAUGUACCUCACUGAGGUGUUCUAGCCCAGAAGCUGAUGCAGUGAGGUGCCAUCAGUAUUGCAGAAAGCCUUUAAGAAUGAGGUUAGGUGUUCACUGCAGUUGACGAUCAGUGGUGUUGCAAAUGCAAGAAUGCCAAGUGUGAAAGGAUCACAACAAAAUAAUUUGGUGCUCUUGCGUUUGUCCCGAUGGAUGCAAGACAAAAUGCUUUGGCAACAUGUGUCUCGCGCGCUCUCUCUCUCCCUCUCUCUAAUAUGUAAGUUUGGCAUUACCAAGUCGACUGUAUGUUGCAAAUAUUUAAUUUUGGAAUCAAUCGUCUGCAAGUUGCCUGGUUCUGGGGCCUUGCUGUUUUAGCCUAUGCCUUAACAGGAGAACGAUAAAGAGAUGACCAAUCUGAUAAUGCUGCUAAAGCUUUAAUUUAAUCAUUUCUUGUCCCUCCACCCACCCAUCUAGUUUAUCUGAUUAAAAGGUUAAUGCGUGAUCUUUCUUUCGCCAGUGUAAUUUUUGUAGUUUUCACUCCCAUAUUCUCCCACAGCUAACAUGCAUUACAGCAGCCGAAUUUGGCCAGUUGUUAGUAUCAGCCAUUGUCAUGGUGUCCUAUUUUUAUAACAAAAAAGAUGGCUUUUCCAAAAAAAAAAUUUCUGAAUUGCAGCUUGCUCCAUUUAUAUAUUCCUCUUUAAGUUUAUAUUUCUGCUGUAUAACUGUACAAAAUAUAUUUUAAAAUUGUUCUCCACUUAAAGGAGUGUGUGGUCUAACAUUCAGUGAGAGGAUGUGUUGUCUAGAAGGGAAAGUGUCUAUAUAAUUAUGUACAAUUAAACAUUGAUAAUGAUUACAGUUGUGCAGCUAGUUAUCAUGGCAGAGCAUCUGUUUUAUCUUUUGCCAAACUGCACGUUUUUGUUAACAAGGUAUUUUACUUCCUCUCCGUUCUCACCCUCUGUUGUUACUCCCUGCAUCCUUGUUACCCCCAAUGCCCCUGUUCCAUCGUUACUCUCUAUGCCCCAUUACUCUGCCCCCAUUUGUCUCUCCACCUUGACCCUCCUCACGCUCCAAAUGUAAUCCUCCCCCAUGACCUGGGGCUGAGUAAUUUACCCUUACAGCUUGUGCUGAGGAGCUUCAGGCAUGAACCCAGAGCAUCUUAACGUUGGUGUAACACACCACUGGAGACCCACCUGCUUCACCCUGAGGUAGAACACUGAUGACAUAUUCACAAACUGUGGGCAUCUUCUUCAGUGCCCCCGACUUUUCCAUUUUCCCUGGAAAGAGCCCUUGCCUGCUGACUCUCGCGCUGAAAUCGAGUGGAUCGAAACGCUCCACAGACUUGCUGUCCCAGUUACCUACUGGACUGUCCAUUGUUAGAUGGAACCUUGAAGAAAAGAAGCUUCCCUGUUUGGAUGUCCUUGUGGGAUUGGUUUGCUGUCUGAAGUCAGGUUAGCCUAUUGCACGCAGGGAUUAUCCUGAGUGGCCCUGGAUUAGAGAGUUGGGCGGGUGGAGAACCAGCCUUUCACUCCUGGCUCUGACACAGUAAGCCCCAAUGGGGUUUAGGACUGGUCUGGAUGGCCCCUGCAGCUUCCACUCCUGAGUAAACUCCUUGCCCUUGCUCAUGGUGUAGGCCAAAUAGAGCAAUGUUCCAAGAAGCCGACACUUUCCCUGGAAUCACCAACACUAGCCCCCCCUCCUCGCCAGGCAGGAAUUGUCACUUUUAGGAGUGGAAGGUAAGAUGUAAACAGAAACUCCAUAGAUGCCCUUUUAAAAUGUCCCGUGGCACCGUCUGUGGGAACUAAAGCAGGCCCAUUAACCUGCCACAUAGUUUGAGGGUGAGAUUAUUUGUACAAUACACCCUCGCACGACUGCAGAAUAUUUCCUUUCUGUUGCCAUGUACAGUCUGGCUUUUUUCUUGGUGAAGGGUGGAAUUUUAACUCUCGCUGAAUGGAAUAUUCACAGGAUUGGACGGUUCGCAGUUUUGCGCCCCACUAGUCGGGCGAGUGUUAACGAAACUGAAGGGACCAGGUGCAGUGUGGAUUACAGCUGCCUGCUGAAAGUAAUAUUCAGUGUAAAGUUAAGAUUUCUAUCCGAUCCAUGGAUUCCUGGGCUGAGGACCUUGAUUAAAAUCAGCCCCAUCCCACUCCCAAUGAUGCUGAUUAUAUGCACCCUUUCAUUGUUUAAAGUAAUUCAAUUCUGUGGAGGUACUGACAAUAAUUUACAUUAAUGUUUGUGUUCCUGCACACAGUACAAUAUCUGGUAUUACACUACUGGAUGUUUUGUAAAUAUAGUUUUUUUUUGAUAUUUCUGUACAUUGAUUAUUACAAAGGAUUCUUUGUGAUGGACAGUUUCCCCCAAGAUUGAGGCUGGGGAAAAAUAAAGUGACUGAAAACAAGCAGUUGGUUUCAGUAAUAACACGAAAAAAUUAAACCUCAGAAUAUCCAGGUGGUGGGAAUGCACAUAGCCAUUGUAGCUUUAAAAACAAACGUCGUUUAUUCAUUUUCUUUUUUAUUUCCCCAUCAGGUAUUUACUAAAAUAUCAAUUGUAUAGUUUGAAGGGAGGUUGAAUGUGGCUUAAAAAUAAUAAACUCAAAAUGGAAUUGACUUUGAAUGAGUAAAUGGGGAAAGGGAUUUGCCUGUGUGUGUGCGUGCGCGUGUGUGUGUGGAGAUUGUCUUAUUAAAAGCAAAACCAAAUAUGUAACCUCUUGAUUUUGUUUCUUUCUGUACAUUGCGUCAUUUGCAAUAUGCAUUAGUGUUAAUGUGUAAAAGUUGUGUUGUAAACUUCUCUGUAAACAUUGCUGUUCAUGUUUUUUUAUUGUUUUCUUUGCACUUAGCUUCUCCUUCAUGCUGUGAUAUGUUAAUGCUUUUUGACAGGUUGUAUAAAAGCAGAAUAAUUUUUGUGUACACUGGAUGUUUCCUUGCGCAACAGAACUGUAAAUAAAAACUACAAGAUUCUGACCUUGAAA